AUGGCUGGAGGGAGUGGGGCAAUAAACAGGAGUGUUGGUUCAAUACCUGAAAAUUCACAUAUACAUAUAAGAAAAAAGCCAAUACAGAAGAUAAUAAUAUUAUGUAAUGCAUUAGUACACCUUCAAUAUUGGACUUCAAUCAGUGCAAAAGAUCACAAUAUGAAUAAUUUGGAUUUCAUGUUUAUCAAAGACGUAGAAAAUGAUGAAAUUUCAACUGAUCAGAAUUAG